AUGACCGAAAGUGAUAAGUCAGCUUUACUCCGUGCUGGCAUCAAGUUUAUGGAUAUCACAGACCAUCCUAACACCCCAGUAACCUCUUUUGCUGCUGAGACACCCGCCAUCCCUACCAAGGCUAUCUACCAACAAGAGGCCGAACCUUUCAUUGGCAAUUUGACAACUGAUACUAUGGAAACCGUGUUGACACACUUUACCAGUUUCCGAAACAGAUACUACAAGUCCAAGUACGGCGCUGAGUCAUGCCGCUGGUUGAUACAACAAAUUAGAGAUAUUGCAUCAGGCAAUGAUCAUGUGUCCGUCAAGGAAUUUGAACACUCCUGGGACCAAUUCUCCAUUAUUGCUCGGUUCGAAGGUUCCAACAAAGACCUUGAAAAUGAAGUUGUCAUUGUUGGCGCUCAUCAAGACUCUGUCAACAUGUGGCUUCCUUCCUUCGGCCGUUCACCCGGUGCUGAUGAUGAUGGCAGUGGCACUGUUACUAUCUUGGAAGCAUUCCGCAGUCUUGUUCACAAUGGCUUCAGGCCCGAAAGACCUGUUGAAUUCCACUGGUAUAGUGGUGAAGAAGCUGGUUUGUUGGGCAGUCAAGAUGUAGCCGACAAGUAUUAUCAAGAAGGAAAGAGAGUUGUUGCAAUGCUACAGAAUGACAUGACAGGAUUCAUUGGCAAAAAUAAGGAUAAGGAAGUCAUUGGCAUCGUUACGGACCAUGUGGAUGAAAAAUUGACUGAUUUCUUGAAAGCUUUGGUUGAUACCUAUGCUGCAAUCCCUUACAGUUUGACAGAAUGUGGCUAUGCAUGCAGUGAUCACGCUUCUUGGCGCAAACUUGGAUUCCCUUCUGCUUUCACUAUUGAAAGUGAAUUUGAUAAUUCAAAUCCUUAUAUUCAUACAACAAGAGAUGUUAUUGAAAACCUCUCAUUUGACCACAUGAAGGAAUUUGCCAAGGUCGCCGUUGGUUUUGCUGUUGAACUUUCUCACGUACGAGACUAA